GCGUUUACACUGAAGCGAAACCGAUACAGUACAGCAGCUCCCCCCUCCUCGCCCCAAACUAGCAAACUGAGAAGUUGCUAGAUCCAGCCGGCAAGUUCUUCGACCCCCCCAACGCCACUCAAAUCUCCGCACCGAGGCAGAGCAGAACCUCGUGGACGACACCGGAGCGCAGAGGAAUGUCAGUGUUACCGGCUCUUACCAACGGAACACGCAGUCUCAGGUGUCGGUAGCCGUUUAGCCGCUUUCGUGUCGCGAAGAGCGGGGACUUCCUUCUCCGCGUUGCCAAUCCCUUACGCCGAGCAGCUGGUAACAGUUAAAAAGAAGACAUGCCUCAGAAACAGAAGCUGAAGUCGUGGUCAGACCUGAAACAGGCUGGUAACGAACGCUUCAAGACAGGCCAGUAUGGAGAGGCCACGACUCUUUACAGCCAGGCAAUCAAGGAGCUGGACAAGUCCAGUAAAAAGAACCCAGAGGAUUUGGGCAUUUUGUACUCUAACCGUGCAGCCAGCUACCUGAAGGAUGGUAACUGUGCAGAAUGCGUCAAAGACUGCAACAUGUCUCUGGAGUUGUUCCCCUUCAAUGUGAAGUCUUUGCUUCGUCGCGCUGCUGCCUACGAAGCUCUGGAGCGUUACAGACAGGCUUACAUAGACUACAAAACCGCUCUGCAGAUUGACUGCAACAUAGCAGCGGCUCAUGACGGCACCAACAGGAUGACAAAGGCACUCACAGAGGCAGAUGGUCCAUCAUGGAGAGAAAAGCUUCCUCCCAUCCCCACAGUUCCUCUGUCUGUGAAGGAGAAACUCGCCCAACAAAAUGCAGCCAAGGCCACACAACCAAACCCCACACCACAACCAAACCCCACACCACAACCAAACCCCACACCACAACAGAACGGCACCAAGCAAACAAACAAAUCUGCGCCCAGUGACAAAGACAGAAAGAAAGGCCAGGCCCUGAAAGACGAAGGCAACGCCCUGGUGAAGAAAGGAGAGCAUAAGAAGGCCAUAGAAAAGUACACCCAGAGCCUCAAACUCAACCCCACUGAGGUCACAACCUACACCAACCGGGCGCUGUGCUACCUGUCAGUGAAGCAGUACAAAGACACCGUCAGGGAUUGUGACGAGGCCCUGAUGAUUGACGGCAGCAAUGUCAAGGCUCUCUACAGGAGGGCUCAGGCUCGCAAGGAGCUCAAGGACGUCAAGGCCUGCGUGCAAGAUCUCAACAGUCUGCUGAAAGUGGAACCAAAAAACACGGCUGCCCUGAAGCUGCUGCAGGAGGUGCAGAAGAAGUAGUGAGAACACAUCAGGGACUCUGGAGGCAGCGGUAAGGAUCUGUCACUGCACUGAGCACAUAAAGGAAAGAGCCAGACGAAACCGCUGACGUUUUUGUGAAAAACAAAAAGGUCAGGUGACAGAAAACAGCCAAAGCAGUGAUACGAUUCAAGCCGCUUCAAAUCAAAGACCGGACCUGUGUUUCCCUAAAGCUCCUUUGACCUGAACAUGUUUGAUCCGUUUACUGUCAUUGAACAAACACGAGCUCAGCCUGAAGAUGCUUCUGGAAAACGUAGCUCUGAUUGGUUGGUAGGAACUGAGGCGCUGUCAUUACGAGCCUGACAAAAGUCCAGAGAACAAGGUAUCCGCUUAAGAAAUGUAUUUCCAAAUAUCAUUGGGGCUUCACUGUUGCAAAUAAAGUGAAGUAACGUCGACUUUUAUCCACAUUUAAAGCAUCUUCAGAGCUAAAUCAAGCAGAAUUUCAAAACGUAAAAGGUUUUUCUUUAUUGUAACUGCCUUUUUCACAUGUACAUUACAUAUUUAUCUUGUGUUCGGUUGUGUGAAAGUUUGUCUCUCUCAGUGGAUUUCUGUUCUUUCAGAUGAUGGCGUACGAAACUUCAGCGUAAAGCUUGAUUUAUAGUCAACAGACACAGAGCCUUCGCUAAUGUGAGCAUUUGUGCUGCACUUACACCACAAAAGCUGUACGGUUUCUUCGUGCCUCUCGAUUGAAACGAAGCGGGCCGUGUUGUAGAUGAAGAUAUAACAGAUAACGAACACGAACUAAAAAUACAGCAACGCAGAAAAGAGAGCAGAUGUCUGAAGACAAUUUGUAGAGCUAUGAAAAUGAGAAAAUGGAAAUCUAAUGGCGGUUGUGUUUGCAUUAGGAGCUAACCAGAAGCAGUUAUAUUUUGUUUUAUGGCAGUCAAAAAGCUGUGCAAACACAGCAUAUCACCACCAAACAGGCCAGAGAUUCAACAUAGAAGUAUAAAUCAAGCUUUUAAGAAUUGUUGAUUGAUUUCAGAGCUGGUGAUGUGAUGGUGAUAUCCUGGCAUAAGUUUGGGUUUAAUUACCUCCAAUUAACUGACAUGAAACGGCCACAUUUUCUGUCCACUUCUGGUUUAUUUUGGGGUUUGAGUCGUAGCGACGUCUCGGUCUUGAUUUGAACCCUAUUAGAGGUAAGAUAUCUGUCAUUUUGUUCACACCAAAGCAGCAUUGUUCGAGUCAUUUGAAUGUUUUUAUCACCGUCCUCAAACCAGAGCUUGUUGGAUCAAACUCCAGGUACCUUCUUUCAAGCCUCCACAUUUGCGUCACUCCACUGACUUUUAUUUGCAACUUUUAGGAUCAAAGCACGAGUGUUUCUUCUCUGAAAGACAAAUAAGUAAACCAAGUAGUCCUAUCCUCACACGGGUCCUCGUUCACAAAGUACCGCCUCAUUGUGUGAGCUCGUUUAUUUACUUCCUGUUACUGUUUUAGGUGAAGUGGAAUCUCCAGUUAUUGAAUCUGCUGUAGCUCGGCAUGUCCAUCUUGCCUAAAGUGCCUGUUUUCAUUUUUCGUCUGACUUAGUUUCACCAAAACUGCCGGUCUGAGAAGAAAGCGCCUCCAGAUGUGUGCAUCAGGUCGUUCAUUCAGGGAUGUUUUGUGAAACGCGGCUUUGCUUAUUCAUGUUUGCAGAGUCUGGCACCCAAUUCUUCAUUGUGUUUGUUGUAUUUGUAAUUUGUUAUAUUGGUUUUGUCACCUGCUUCUGUUUUAACUGCAAAUAAAAUUAAGAAACAAA